AUGGCGGCCGCACAAGCAGUGCACCAGCUACCCCAGGCUAACAAUGCUGUCGGCAUCUUUCCACAAUUGACGGCGAAAACAAAUGAGACCCUCAUCCUCAAGGAAAAGAUGCUGUCCCUCACCGGCGACAGCUUCGAUAUCAAGCUCGCAAACGGGCAGCCCAUCCUCCGGGUGGAGGGUAAAGCAUUGUCCAUCUCGGGUCGCAAGUCCGUCUACGACAUGUCAGGGAACCACCUCUUCGACAUCGUUAAGGAGCAUCUCCACCUGCACACCACCUUCGCGGCGCAGGACCCGCAGGGCAACAAGAUUAUGGAAGUCAAGAGCAGCCUCGCGCUCAUAGGAUCCAAGGCGACAGCGACUUUUGUGUCCCCCCACACCGGCAAGAGCGAAACUCUCGAGAUGAAGGGCAACUGGCUGUCGACACAGGCCGACAUUGUCGAUACGAGCACUGGCCAGAUUCUAGGCAGGAUCGACAGGAACAUGUUGCGUGCGCGCGACAUGUUUGGGGGCAAACAAACCUACGCCCUCACCGUGGCGCCUGGGGUCGACAUGGCCCUCAUGUGUGCCCUGUGCAUCUGCCUAGACGAGAAGAAGAAUGACAAGUAG